UCCAAGAUGACCAAAAAAAGAAGAAACAACGGUCGUGCCAAAAAGGGCCGCGACCAUGUGCAGCCAAUUCGCUGCACGAACUGCGCCCGGUGUGUGCCCAAGGAUAACGCCAUUAAGAAGUUUGUCAUUCGGAACAUUGUAGAAGCUGCUGCUGUCAGGGACAUAUCUGAAGCAAGCGUCUUCGACGCUUACGUCCUUCCCAAACUCUAUGUCAAGCUGCAUUACUGCGUGAGCUGUGCCAUUCAUAGCAAGGUCGUCAGGAAUCGAUCUCGGGAAGCCCGGAAGGACCGAACUCCCCCACAAGGAUUCAGACCUGCUGGCGCUGCAUCACGACCCCCACCAAAGCCCAUGUAAAGAGGUGGUUUCUUAAGGGCGAAAGGAAAGAUGCUUUGGGAAAAAUAAAACGGAAGUUCUACUUU